CGCUAAUUACCCACGGACCUACUCCCUUCUAGCCGAAGCCCUACCAUUCACCUCGAAGGCAGCAGUACAACAACGACGAGUAUACGGGAGACCACUCUUUUGCCUCGCGUUCGUUCCUCCACGCAUCUGCCCACGCGGCCAUGCGUCUCCCUUUCCAUCUCCUCUCGCUGGUCGCCACAAUCAUCACAAACCCGCUCGUCAGCGCUUCUUCAGCGAUUCGAAGUCCUCUAGGCGCCGUAACUACCCUCCAAAAUGCGACCAUCCACACCCACAACGGCCGCCUAACGCAUGUCUCGGAAUUCGACCUCACAUUCAACAUUCACGAUGAGCUACAUGUCAAGCUACGACUCGAGCCGAACCACGAUAUCGUCGGAGAAGGUGCAACUGUAACAUACUUGAACCAGGAUGGUAGCAUCAGGCAUACAGAGGGCAUCGAUCGUGCACAGCAUAGGGUCUACAAAGGCACCACUUUCAUACAGCGGCUGGGACAUGAAGAGGAGACAUGGAAAAAUGUGGGUUGGGCUCGGAUAACAGUAACGAGAGAUGGAAGACAACCGGUAUUUGGAGGCGCAUUCAAGGUGGAUCGCGAUCACCAUCAUAUUCAGACAUCUACAAACUACCAACGGACAAAACACGCUCUGGACCCCGAGGUGGUGAGAGCAAAUGGCGAAGAAGAGUUUAUGGUUGUGUGGCGAGACUCGGAUAUCGGAAAGACACCCUUGGGACUCCAUCAGGAUCUCCGACGUGAUGUCGACGGUCAAGCCUCCGAGUGCAGUUCGGACGAGUUAAACUUCAAUUCACAGCCGGAUCAUCCAGUGUACAUGGCUAUGAAGUCGAAGCGCUCGGAGAAGCUCAGUCGAUUCAUGGACCCUGCGUACAUCUUCAAGCGACAGGAUAUUGAUGGAACCACAGUUGGCAACAGUGCCGGCGUGGACUUGAAAAGCACAAUCGGUUCGACCGCAGGCUGUCCCAGCACACGUAAAGUCGCACUUCUGGGAAUCGCAACCGACUGCACAUAUGCGCAAGAUUUCGGUGGCGAUACGCAAAAGGCUCGGGAGAACGUGCUCGACAUGAUGAAUUCCGCGUCGGCAAUCUACGAGCGAACCUUCAACAUCUCUCUCGGACUACAGAAUCUGAACGUCCUUCCACCGGAAUGUCCUGGCACUCCCGCAUCUGGCACCGAAUGGAACCAAGCAUGCUCGUCCUCGGUCGACAUUUCGGAGCGCCUCAAUCUCUUCUCUGCGUGGCGCGGCAAUCAGAAAGACUCCAACAGCUAUUGGACGCUUCUCAGCACUUGCAAUACCGGAUCGGCUGUUGGUCUCGCGUGGCUGGGUCAGCUUUGCGUUGGCACUGCCAUCACAACGAACGGCAGUGUCACUGGAGAUGGCUCGACGAACGGCGGCUCGGAGACGGUCACAGGAGCCAACGUCGUAGUCCGUACGAACGGUGCAAGCGAGUGGCAAGUCAUGGCCCACGAGACCGGACACACCUUUGGUGCUGUUCACGACUGCACCGACUCAUCAUGCCAGAACCAGCAAUUUGUCGACUCGCAACAGUGCUGUCCUUUCUCCGCACAGGGUUGUUCCGCUGGUGGCAGCUACAUCAUGAACCCCUCCACCACACCAGGCAUCGAAGACUUCUCUCCUUGCUCAAUCGGUAACAUCUGCAGCGCACUGAACCGCAAUUCCGUUGACGGCUCCUGUCUCACCAGCAACCGCAACGUGAACCUUGUCACAGGUCAACAAUGCGGCAACGGCAUCGUCGAAGAAGGUGAAGACUGCGACUGCGGCGGUGAAGUCGGCUGUGCCGGUGACACAUGCUGCAACCCUACCACCUGCAAGUUUACCACCGGCUCCGUCUGUGACGAUGCCAACGAAGACUGCUGCCGCAAUUGCCAGUUUGCCACUGCUCAGACCGUCUGCCGCGCUAGCACCGGGCAGUGCGAUCCUGAGGAGACUUGCCCUGGUAACGCGGGAACCUGCCCGGCCGACAACACUACAGAAGAUGGCACGAAGUGUGGUGAUGGAUUGUCCUGCGCCUCUGGUCAGUGCACCAGCCGUGACAUGCAAUGUAAGACUGUCAUGGGCAGCUACACCCAAGGCAACGACACCUACGCAUGUCAAUCAUCCGGCUGCGCUCUCAGUUGCGCCAGCCCCGAGUUCGGUCGCGGCGUCUGCUAUCGUCUGCAGCAGAACUUCCUUGACGGUACAUCCUGCGGCGGAGGCGGUCGAUGCAACAAUGGACAAUGCAAAGGCUCCACCGUCGGCGGCUCCGUUCGCUCUUGGAUUGACGACAAUAAAACCAUCGUCAUCGCCGUCGCCUCCGCUGUGGGCGGCAUUCUCGUCCUUGCCAUUCUCAGCUGCAUUCUCAGCAGGUGUCGCCGCCGUCGCGGUCGGCGGACCGCACAACGAGGGCCUGGCGGCGCUCCUAUUCCUCCGCCGAUGGGCCAUACGGGUGGAUGGAAUGGUCCACCGCCGCCGAACAUGGCACAGCAGAACAGCAGCCCGAACUUCUAUGCGCCUUCGCAUCCGAGUCAGGGGUGGGCCAGUCAGUCCUUCGCACCGCCGACUUCGCCUCCACCACCGCCGCCGGCGUAUCAACAGCAUGGGAGUACGCGGUAUGCUUGA